UCUCUCAAGUCUGUUGACCUUAUUCCUCUUCUCUCAUUCCUCUUUGACUUUCCUCACGUUUAAAUCCAGCCAGGAAAGAUGGAGGGAGUGAAACCUGGCAGCAGCCAGAUGAAGGCUUGGUGGAUGAGGUGAAAGCACCGGUCAUUUGGCUGUGGUCUCAGCGUGAAACCAGGUUUCCAUCUCCACCAACAACUUUAAGGGUUAGACACUGAGAUCCAAAACCCGAUCGCCAUGCAACGUCACAUGUGGUUACCACCCUGUCCAGAUUGGCGACUCUUUGAACAGAAGAUACCAGGUGGUGUCUAAGCUUGGCUGGGGCUUUUUCUCCACAGUGUGGCUCUGCAUGGACCUCAGGUCGGGUCGGAGGGUUGCUGUGAAGGUCCUGAAGAGCGGCGCAGGCUUCGCUCAGGCGGGACAGGAUGAACAGGCUCUUCUACGAUACGUUAGCUCUGCUUCCAGCCUCUUCUUGUUGGUGUCUGCAUGUGCAUGGCAACACGAAAACACAACUUCCGGUCUUACUGUUCACCGUUCCUUUUCUCCUGUCCCUCUUUGAUCAGUCCAGCAGUCCUGUUAGCCGUCACCCCUCCAGCCAAAGGAUCGUUCAGCUGCUUGAUGAAUUCAAGCUGGUUGGGGUCAAUGGGGUCCACCUGUGCCUGGUUCUGGAGCUGCUGGGGCCCAGCCUCAGGACCUGGCAGCUCUGUUUGGGGAAUCCAGGCCUGAUGCAGCCUUGGGUCAAGCAAAUACUCACCCAGGUUCUUCAGGGCUUGGACUAUCUUCACACUCGAUGUAAGAUCAUCCACACAGACAUUAAGCCAGAAAACAUUCUGCUGCACCCGAAGGAGCACAGCCAUAUUACACCAGCAGGGGGCAGCAGCUCCGUCUCUUUACCAGCUGUAGAGGGGAACAAGACCACAGAGACAGAGGAAGUGAGCCUGUACAAGUUAAAGGAGAUUUCUGUGAAGAUUGCUGAUUUGGGAAGCUCCUGCUGGGUGUACAAGCACUUCAGUGAGGAGAUCCAGACCCGUCAGUACCGGUCUCUAGAGGUCCUGCUUGGAUCUGAGUACGGUCCGCCAGCUGACAUCUGGAGUGUGGCCUGCAUGGCCUUCGAGUUGGUCACUGGAGACUCGUUGUUCCACCCCAAAGCUGGCGAGUUCAUGUCCCUGGAGGAAGACCACAUCGGCCAAAUCGUUGAGCUCCUUGGCAGAAUUCCUCCAGAAGUUCUCCAUUCAGGCAAACAUUCAGCUGAAUACUUCGACCGAAGAGGUAAUCUCCGUCGUGUUGAUCCAGUGAGGCCGUGGAGACUUUAUGACGUUCUGGUGGAGAAAUAUAACUUUCUGCUAGAAGAGGCCUCUGAAUUCUCAAACUUCCUUCUCCAUAUGCUGGAUUAUCACACAGAGAGACGGGCAACUGCUGCACAGUGCCUUCAACACCCAUGGUUGACCUCCAGUUAACCUCCUGAAGACCCUGUGGGCCUAAAGGCCAUGGAAAGUUCUCACAGCCAGAUGCUUUUAGCAGCAAGACCUCGGCGGUUUCAGGGCAUCUUUAAAUUUUCACAUUUGGUGAAUUUCUGCUGCACUUAUUUAGCAUCAGACAGAACAUCUUCUCCACUUGAGCUUCAUAAGCACUUUAGGCUUUUUUUUUCUCUCGUUUUCUUUAUUCUCCCUGAAUUUUGUUCAAGAGUCCUAAAAAUCUUUGUCUUUACACUGAUAGGCUUGAGCCUGAACUGUCAUGACCAUCAAAAGGUAUUCAUUCAUCCGUUUUAUUAAAUGUUCUUAUUAAAGGUUUUUUAUUUAAAUGCGGUUUUACAGCAAAGCAAUAGAUUUUCCACUGACAUGUUUUAUGAAAUAAUGCUAAAUGACUGAGUGAAUUUUAGUCUGCAAUUGUCAAACGCUGUUGUCUGUGUUAGCUUCUUGAUAUAUUCUCACAAAAUGUCUAUCAGGAAGCGAUCGUUUCUCAAGAGCCGAGACCUUCUUUACGAAGCAAAGAGUAGAACCAGCUGGUUUUCACCAGGUUACAAAACAUCUGAACUUUUAAAUUAUUGCAAAUGUUCCAGAAUACAGCAGUGAGUUUGCAAUUAUCAUGUAAAAUAUACACACAUAUGAUAUGUGUGCCUUUUGUGACUGAAUUGUGACAUAUCCCCUAAAGGAGAACAGGCAGAAAGCAUAACGCUGGCAACACAUGCAGCAAUGUCUGCUACCGCCAGUAUCAGAAGUAUUUAAUGUAGGUCAGUGGGGUGACAUGUAAAGACAUUUUGAAAUAUAUUCAGUUGACUAAAUCCAAAUCAGCCAAUGUAGUCCAAAUUAUGAUUGCUUAGGUUUAUUGAAUAUUUCAUAUUCCAUAUCAAACUGACAAAUUAGCACACAACCUUUGUAAGCUAGCCAAGUUGGAUAAGAGGUCUACACAAAACGGUUCUAAAGACGUGAUUUUUGCUUGGUGGUAAAAUCAUCACAUAAUCAUAAGUGUAUACGUUUCAAAAAAACAUGAAUCUCUUUUAGACUGCUGUUGCUAAUUCUUGUUUAAACUGCUUCCAAACUUAUUUCAUCCUAUUGCUAGAUGAUGAAUGUUCCACACAUACCAACGAUCGUUUAUAAGCACUUUGCCACCAUAAUAAUCAGCCAAGUCAGAUUUUGCAAGCUCUCACAUUUUUAUACUAAAUACCUACAUUUAAAUCUACCCCAUGUGUUGUUUUUAAAUUAACUAAUUAAUUUAGAAUCUGCUUAUCAGAAGAAACACAUUUAAAUAUAACUGCAACAUAAUUCACAUUAAGAUGUUUAAUACAUAAAUGCAGAGAGAAAAACUUUGCUUGUUUAUGGUUUCCAGAAAUAUGAGUGGGGAGGAAAUGGGAUUGAAGUUGUACAUCCAUCAACAGAAAAAUGUUUAGAGGAGCUAUGAUGAGUAUUUU